AUGCUAGUUUUCCUCUUUAUCCUUGCUUUCGCGCAAGCCAGCAUUGUAUCAGUUGUAAUAUCUUUUAGGCACGGUGGAAGAGCUCCAGUUUAUAAAUUCAGUUGGGAUACAGGAGUUUGGCCUCAAGGGUUAGGACAACUAACUCCUUCAGGCAUGAGACAGCAUUACUUAAACGGAAGAGAAUUCAGGUACAAAUACAUAACUCAGAACGCAGUGAUAAACCCUGUUUAUUUGGAAGAACAAGUCUACGUAAGGUCCACUGAUUACAACCGCACGAUCCAGAGUGUGGAAAGUAUGCUCUCAGGGCUCUUUCCAAUAGGGCCUCAAAUCGCAAGCCAGAAUUUGGCAGCUAAAGCUGUUCCUCCUUUAAUUGUCUCAAACUUGGACAAUAUCCAAGCACAACUUGGAUUAAAUGCCCUCCCUAAUAAAUUCCAAACAGUUCCUAUUCAUGUUGUUGCCAGUCCUUAUGACUACAUGCUUGCUGGCUAUAGUUCCACAACUUGCGCAAGAAUUGGACAAAUAGCUAAUGAAAUAGCCCAGCAGAAUGAAUAUCAAGAUGCAUUGAACGAGUAUAAAUCUGGCUUACAAAAACAAAUUCAGGAGCUUUGGGGAACAAGUCCUAGUUUUUCAGAAGCAGGAUGGAUGGGAGAUACAAUAACAGCAGAACUUUUCGAGGAUUUUCCAAUGCCGAAUGGUGUAUCAACUCAGAUGUAUUACGAACUAGCAGGCGCUUAUAACUACACUGCAACUUACUAUUAUAAUAAAGAAGUUUCUUCGCUUGCUGGCUCAGAGUUUUUUGAAGCAGUUUUGUAUCAGUUCAAUUCUACUAUUAACAAUACAGACACUGUCAGGCUGGGACUCUAUUCUGCACAUGAUACAACAAUUGCAGCAUUUUUGUCAUUCAUGGGGAUGUUCAGUGGGAAAAAUCCAGUUUUUGCUUCAACUUUGAUUUUUGAGCUGCAUGAAGUGACUGGCGCUUAUUUUGUGCAGAUUAUUUAUAACGAUCAAGUUAUGACUCUUAAUGGGUGUCAAGAGAUGUGCCCAUUUGACACGUUUUAUACAUUAAUUGCAGAAAACAUUGUCGAUGAUGUUGAAGAGGCCUGCCAAUUGAAAAGUACAACUAUAUUUCAAUAA